GGGAGACCAGAUAUAGUGAAUGCAGGGUCCUGGGAGACCAGAUAUAGUGAAUGCAGGGUCCGGGGAGACCAGAUAUAGUGAAUGCAGGGUCCUGGGAGAGCAGAUAUAGUGAAUGCAGGGUCCGGGGAGACCAGAUAUAGUGAAUGCAGGGUCCGGGGAGACCAGAUAUAGUGAAUGCAGGGUUCUGGGAGACCAGAUAUAGUGAAUGCAAGGGUCCGGGGAGACCAGAUAUAGUGAAUGCAGGGUCCUGGGAGACCAGAUAUAGUGAAUGCAGGGUCCGGGAGACCAGAUAUAGUGAAUGCAGGGUCCUGGGAGAGCAGAUAUAGUGAAUGCAGGGUCC